AGAUUUCCUUUCUGACCAGAGUCCAGGAUCCUCUGGUGCCGUCGAGCCUGCUUUCCCAUUGGCUCCUGAGAACCACCCCUUUGGGUUCCGCCCCCUGCCUCACAGUUCUGUUAGGAAAGACAAUUCUUAGGAAGCUACUGCACUAUGGCUAGCAAGCCUGUUCUCUAUUCCUAUUUCCGAAGCUCCUGUUCAUGGAGAGUUCGAAUUGCUCUGGCGUUAAAAGGCAUUGACUAUGAGAUAGUGCCCAUCAACCUCAUAAAGGAUGGCGGGCAACAGUUCUCCGAGGAAUUUCAGACCCUGAAUCCCAUGAAGCAAGUGCCAGCACUGAAGAUUGAUGGAAUCACCAUUGGCCAGUCACUGGCCAUCCUGGAGUACCUGGAAGAGACUCGACCCAUCCCACGGCUCCUGCCCCAGGACCCACAGAAAAGAGCCAUCGUGCGCAUGAUUUCUGACCUCAUCGCCAGUGGCAUCCAGCCCCUUCAGAACCUGUCUGUCCUGAAGCAAGUGGGACAGGAGAACCAGAUGCCUUGGGCCCAAAAGGCUAUUACUUCCGGCUUUAAUGCUCUGGAGAAGAUCCUGCAAAGCACAGCAGGGAAGUACUGUGUAGGAGAUGAGGUGUCCAUGGCUGAUGUGUGCUUAGCGCCCCAAGUGGCAAAUGCUGAAAGGUUCAAGGUGGACCUAAGCCCCUACCCUACCAUCAGUCACAUCAACAAGGCACUGCUGGCCUUAGAGGCUUUCCAAGUGUCUCACCCCUGUCGACAGCCAGAUACACCGGCCGAGCUGAGGACUUAGCUCCCAAACCAUGCCUCACUGGUACAGGGAGGGGAGUAGGGCUCAGAUGUUGGGUGUCUUAGGGUUUUACUGCUGUGAAGAGACACCAAGACCAUGGCAACUCUAAAAGAGGAAAACAUUUAAUUGGGGUGGGCUUACAGUUUCAGAGGUUCAGUCUAUUAUCAUCAUGGUGGGAGCAUGGUAGCAUCCAGGCACACAUGGUGUUGGAGAGGUAACUGAGAGUUCACAUCUGGAUCCGAAGGCAGCAGGAAGAGGGAGUGACACUGGGCCUGGCAUGAGCAACCUGAAACCUUAAAGCCGGUUCCCAAUGAUACUUUUCCUCCAAAAAGGCCACACCUGCUAUUAGUGCCACUACCAACGUACCCGAUGGGGGUCAUUUUUGUUCAAAUCCAAGCAGGCCCAGAAAUGAAUGAAUUGUAGUAGAGGAUUUGAACUUUAGCUCUUUCCUCAAGAAGCAGCAGAUUCGUGGAGUCCAUGAUAUUUCUUCAAGGUCCCCAUAUUAAGAGUUUUCUCUAGCGAAAUGAAGCCAGUAGGAUAUAUCUUCCUCCUGCUUGCACUGUAGCCCCUACAUUCUGCCUUCAUCCUCUUACCUGUCAUGUGUUAGGAGGGGGGAGGCAGAGACAUGGCCUGCUCUGCUAAUGAUAAUUGUCAACUUGAAAUAAAAUUAGAGUCACUAGGGAAAAGGGCCUUUAUGAAUGUCUGUUGAAGUGGGAAGACUCACCCAUCACGGAUGGCACCAUUCCCUGGGUAGAGGAUCCUGGGACUAGAAGAGUAGAGAAAGAGUGGAGCAACUGCCAUGUGUGCAUUCUGAUUGGUUCUCACGCAGAUGCCUUGACUCCCCUGCCAUUACCGACUGUAACCUGAGACUAUGAGCCAAAAUAAACCUCCUCUCCUUUAA